GCCUAACUACGAAUAUAAAACUGACUUCGUCUUGGUCACGUGACUGUACUGUUUCCGGUUUGAACGUGAACUAUGACCAGGAACGAGGAGAAUAGAAACUGAUACAGACAGGACACUACAUAAAACAGACAGUUAAUGACUGAAAUGCAGCCAUCGUCUUGUGACACCUUUGUGGCUCUUCCACCCUCCACUGAGGGGCAACGCAUCAUCUUCGGGAAAAACUCCGACAGGCCUUGUGAUGAAGUCCAGGAGGUUGUGUAUUUUCCUGCCAGAGACUAUGACGGAGAGGAGAAGGUUGAGUGCACCUACAUAGAGAUCGAGCAGGUUGCCCACACUCAUGCAGUCGUGUUGAGCAGACCAGCGUGGCUGUGGGGGGCAGAGAUGGGUGCGAAUGAGCAUCAAGUGUGCAUUGGGAAUGAGGCAGUGUGGGGCAGAGAGAGCGCUGAUGAGGAGGAGGCUCUUCUCGGCAUGGAUCUUGUCAGGCUUGGACUAGAGAGAGCAGACACAGCUGAAAAAGCUGUGGAUGUUAUCACUGGGCUACUGGAGAAAUAUGGCCAGGGAGGAACAUGCAUGGAAGAUGAAUGUGGCUUCACCUACCACAACAGCUUCCUCAUCUCGGACAGGAAGGAGGCCUGGCUGCUGGAAACGUCAGGGAAAUACUGGGCAGCGGAGAGAGUGGAAGGUGGAUAUCGCAACAUCUCUAACCAGUACGGCAUCACGACGAAGAUAGACAAGGAACAUCCAGAAAUGAGGGAAUAUGCGCGAAGCAAAGGAUGGUGGGACGGAAAGACAGAGUUCAACUUCGCUACAGUCUACUCUUUUACAACUACGGCCAGGAUAGAAGCGUCCGGGAGCCGGUAUUGUGAGGGGAAGAAGUUGUUGGAAAAGAGCAACGGUCACAUAACUGCGGAAACAAUGAUGGAUAUCUUGAGGGACAAAGACAGCGGAAUCAACAUGGAGGGCAUGUUCAUGACCACGGGAAGCAUGGUGUCCGUGAUUCCAACAAACCCUGACCUGCCCGGGGUUCACUAUUUUACAGCAACCCCAGACCCUGAAAGGUCCGUAUUCAAACCGUUCAUCUUUGUGAAGAACCUUAAUCCGCUAAAGGAGACGUCUUCACCCAGUUUCGGUGCAGAUGAUCCCGUAAAGAAGAAACCUCGCUUCCAGAGAAAGCCUGACCGCAAACACGAGUUGUUUGUCAAACAUGAAGUGGUGGCCGCCAUCAUUGAAUCCUACAAGGACAGAGGAGAGAAGAUCACGGAAGGCCUGAGGCAGCUAGAGAAGAAGAAGAUGGAAGAAAUGGAGCAAAUCCUUUCACAGGGUGUUGACGAGCCUGAUCUUUGGGUGAACGUGUUCUCAAACUCUGUCAAGGAGGAGAUGGCUGUUUACAGCACAAGUUGAAAAGCCCAUACGGCUUCAGCAACAGUCCAUGUUGAGAUACUGCUGAUCUUUUAGACAAACAUGCUUGUGUAAUAGACCAACAAAUGUGAACAGAAAGAGUUAAAAAUCACUGUCUGCAAAAUGAAGCGGUACAGAAUUAUGAAUACCUCCAUGGAAAUUAGAUACUAAGAUGUUACAACCACACGCAUUCAUCUUGUAUUAUGUGAUUUCAAGUUUCACCCACAACAGCUUCUUUCAAACAUAAUAAAUAAAGACAGAAAGUAUGUGACACA